CCCCAAAAGAUUCCAAUUCUAAAGAAUUUACGCAAGAGUAGUACAUCGCGUUACGACUCUUCUCUUCUACUUGGUUUCCAAUUUCUUACUCCCACAACUUUCCCUCUGGAUUCCAUGAUUUCAUCACGGGUCUCAGUUUCCAAUCUCUUUCUCUUUUAUUGAUGCUGGUUGAAUGAGGAAACAAGAAAAGUAAGGGAAGCAGGGAAAGAAGGAGAGAAGGAAGGAGAUUUCUUAUUACGAUUUGGGAGAGAAGCAAAAUCAUUGCUACUGCUGCUCUCAUAUCCUGGGAUGUUUUGCUUGGAGAUGUAAUAGAUGAUUGAAGAAGAAGUAGGUUGCAUUCUUCGAAAGGUUGCAUCUAUGCUCAUCCGUUGGCUGGAGUUUUAUACUUUAGAGAAAUUCAUUUCAACUUCGUGUGGAUUUUGGAUGUUAUAGAUUCUUGGUUCUUGGUGGCGGCUAUUAGUAAGGGUUGCAUUAAGCUCAUUUUGAUCCCUAGAAAAUUAUUCAACUCUCUAUCAUAUACGGCGCUCUGUUUUGCCAACUGUUGUCUUGUGGUGCCAUUGCUGAGGGCCCAAUCCAUCUGACAGAUGGAAUAUUCUACAUGCAGAGAUUUACCUCUUCUCCUCUCCUCUUUUGUGGACACCUUUGUGGACUUCUCUGUCAGUGGCCUUUUCCUGCCUCAUCCUCUAAACCACAACCCCAAUUCUCCCAAAGAGAACCCCAAUAGGGCCUCAUCCUCACCUCGUAUUCCCCAAACUAGAUACCCCUCUCCUGAUCGUCUAAUUGCUAUUGGUGAUCUUCAUGGUGAUCUCCAAAAGUUCAAAGAAGCCCUAAGACUUGCUGGCCUGACUGAUGGUAAGGAUUGUUGGAUUGGUGGAAGUGCAACUGUUGUCCAGGUCGGUGACGUGCUUGACCGUGGGGGAGAUGAGCUCAAGAUCCUCUAUUUUCUUGAGAAACUGAAGUGUGAGGCCUCAAGAUCAGAUGGAUUCGUUAUCACCAUGAAUGGAAAUCAUGAGAUUAUGAACAUAGACGGUGAUUUCAGAUAUGUUACUCAGUCUGGUCUUGAUGAGUUUAAGCUUUGGGCUGAUUGGUUUUGUAUUGGAAACUCAAUGAAGAGCCUGUGUGAUGGAUUGGAGAAGCCAAAGGAUCUCUUUGAGGGAAUUCCUUCGGUGUUUCCAGGGAUCAAGGAAGAAUUUCAUGAAGGCAUCAGGGCUAGAAUUGCUGCAUUGUGUCCGAAAGGUCCAAUUUCAGUGAAAUUUCUAUCUGGGAAUCUGACAGUCCUGGUCAUUGGGGAAUCAGUCUUUGUUCAUGGAGGACUCCUCCCAAAACAUGUCUCUUAUGGAUUAGAACGUAUGAAUGAAGAGGUCAGUAAUUGGAUUAAUGGAUUGACAAGAAGAUUGUCUCCUGAUUUUGUUCGAGGAAGGGACUCAAUUGUUUGGUUGAGGGCAUUCUCAGAGGAAUUGGCUAAGAAAUGUGAUUGUUCAACUCUUGAACAUGUCCUUGCUACAAUCCCCGGUGCGAAGCGGAUGAUCAUGGGUCACACAAUUCAGGAGGCAGGGAUUAAUGGUGUCUGUGAAAACCAGGCAAUUCGGAUUGAUGUGGGUAUGUCAAAGGGGUGUAUAAAUGGGUUGCCCGAGGUUUUAGAGAUAUAUAGGAAUUCAGAAUUGCGGGUACUGACCUCAAACCCACUCUAUCGGCGGUAUGAAUCUAUGAAAGCUGAUAAGAAGGAAGGGCUUGGGUUCUUUCUCCCUGAACAGGGACCUGAGCAAGUUGAAGUAAAGGCUUGAGCAAUCAAGAAGUGAACCUUGAACCUCGGGAUAUGAAAUUUCCUCAAAAGAUAUUGACAUUUUGAUUAAUUUAGGCAUGGGGGAUGAUUCAAAUAACAUGCAAAUUGGGAUAGUUCCAAAUCCUGCAAUUCAGGCCUACAAGUAACUACCAUAAACAUGUUAGUGAUUGUUCUGGUACAGUUCAUUGAAUAUUUAAACAAGCUGAAGGGCCACUGAAGGUAGAGAGUAUGAAUCAAUUGGAAUUCUUAUGGAAAGAGUGCAUGACUGUUUUUGACAAUAUCAGUCUCAUUGAACCAUUUCCCCCUUUGAAUUCUUUCAGGACCCAAUGAUAAUUCUUUUGGGGAAGAAUGGAACUCAGAAGAUAUUUUUCAGUGUGUUGCUUCGUUUCUUGAAACAAGUAUGUUCUUGUCACGUUCUACUUGAGAGUUUCCUGCUUAAAAUAUCAAGUCAGGACACUAUUGUAGUUUCUCCCAUUAUUUGGCAGAGUAACUCGGUUAUUAUGCUAUUCUUCUGUGCAAUUACUACAAAUUUUUGUCUUCCAUGUUUAUGUGAUUUAAUAUGCUUACAUUAUAACA